AUGAAGUUCCUCUCCGUUGUCGCGGGCCUCAGCGCCCUGGCUGCCGCCGCCCCCGCCGAGCUCGAUACCCGUGCCUCGUGCACCUUCACCGACGCCAAGACGGCCAUGUCCAAGAAAACUUCCUGCACCGACAUCGUCCUCAACGGCAUCAAGGUCCCCGCCGGUGAGACCCUCGACCUCACUGGCCUCAAGGACGGAACCAAGGUCACCUUCAAAGGCACCACCACCUUCGGCUACAAGGAGUGGGAGGGCCCUCUCAUCGCCAUCGGCGGUAAGAAGGUCAGCGUUGUCGGUGCUUCCGGCAACUCCAUCUCCUGCCAGGGUGAGCGCUGGUGGGACGGCAAGGGAGGUAACGGCGGCAAGAAGAAGCCCAAGUUCUUCAAGGUCAAGAUCAACGACGGUUCCAUCUCUGGCCUGAACGUCAAGAACACCCCGGCCCACGGAUUCUCCAUCAGCGGCGUUUCUGGCCUCAAGGUCUCCAACAUCCUUUUCGACAACAAGGAUGGUGACUCCAAGGGUGGCCACAACACCGAUGCCUUCGAUGUCGGUACGUCUUCUGACGUGACCAUCUCCGGCGCCAAGGUCUACAACCAGGACGACUGCCUGGCUAUCAACUCUGGCACCGGUAUCACUUUCGAGAACGGAUACUGCUACGGCUCCCACGGCCUGUCCAUCGGUUCCGUUGGUGGACGUAGCGACAACACCGUCCAGAACGUCAUCAUCCGUGACUCCACCAUCGAGAAGGCCGACAACGGUAUCCGCAUCAAGACCAUUGCCAACAAGACUGGCAAGGUCAACGGCAUCACCUUCGAGAACAUCACCCUCAAGAACAUCAACAAGAAGGGCAUUGUCAUCCAGCAGGAUUACGAGAACGGCAGCCCUACCGGCAAGCCCACCGCUGGUAUUCCCAUCACCGACGUCACCGUCAAGAACGUUAAGGGUACCGUCGCCGCGAAGGGCACCAACGUGUACAUCCUUUGCGCCAAGGGUGCCUGCUCCAACUGGAAGUGGUCUGGCGUCUCCGUUACCGGUGGCAAGUCCUCUUCUGAGUGCUCUGGCAUCCCUUCCGGCUCCGGUGCCAAGUGCUAA